AUGGCUGGUACUGGUGUCGAACAAAGGUUAGCUAACUCCCUCACGCCUGAGGAACGUCGUCUCGGUGGAAUCUUCGCACUUGCAGUCACGGGCGUUGACGAAUUCUACAGCGAGAGCAAGAGGAAGGGCAAACACAAUAAAGGUUUGAGUCUGGGGUGUAUAAGCAGAAUUCUUUAUACCGCCUGUGGUUCCAGGGUGUUUGGACGAUGGCAUCACGGAACGAAAUAUCAUGUGGGGUGUAUCAUUCCCACUCGUUUGUCUUUCGAAUCCAACCCCGGUUGCGGCUCCCCUUCACUCCCAGUUCGCCUUCUCUCUGACUUUACAUUCUCCGACUCCAACUCUAAUCCCUCCAACUUCAGUACAUCCUAUGCCUACGCCUACACCUACGCCACCGUCCCUGCCUUCAAAGCCGAAUUCGAAUCGAUGUGGGGUAUGGGUAUAGGUGGAGGAGAACCUUCGGCAUUGUCGUCGUUGUCGUCGUUGUCAGCACAACCCAGUGGGUUAACACGCCAACCGUUACACAGCCUCGCUCUUCCAUCGUCGUUGUCAAGCAAAAGACCAGCAUCCAAACAACAUCACGAUGACCACCACCACAAUGACACAACUCCUACCACCACAACUCCUGCCACCACAACUCUUACCACUUUUCUGCAGCCUCCAACGAAGAAACAGCGCAUUAGCGUCUCCCCUAUCCGUCACCUCAUGCUUUUCUCCCCUUUUAGACUUCGUGCCAUUCCUCCUCGUUUAUCUUUAACUGUUCCUCGUCCCUCCGUCGUUGGCGCUAGCGAUUUUGCUGAUGUAAUAUCCUUGUUCUCCUUUCUCCCUCCAUUCAUUAUCCAUCCCUCCGUUCUCCUCCGUUCUCCUCCGUUCCCUGUCUCCCGUCCUAUUCUCUAUCUAACACCACCUCUUUUCCUCCCCCCGAGUCGUGCAAGAAGGUCCAGUCUCAACAGGCUAUCAAGCUUACGGAUUAAUUCUCAGCAGAUCACUACAUAG